CUAAUCAUAUAAAAAUAUAAAUAGUUACAUGUUUCCUAAGCGUUAGCAGUUUGACUGUUAAUGUCACUUACACUGCAGUGCGGAAACUUACGUGUUCCAUCGGCAUUCAUUGAUAAAUAAAUCGUAAAACACAUCCACACUGUAAAAUGAGAUAGGUUUGAUUUUAUAUUUUCCACGUAGAAGAUAAACAAUUGUAAAAAUGUACUUGAUAUACUUCUGUAUAAGUUUAUUAAUCAGCGUGUCGUCGAUAGUUCAUGGGAGCGAAUUGGACUACGAUGGAUGGUUACAGUUAAGAUUAUGGCAUGCGUUCAAUGAUGAGCCUGAACCAAUUUAUAUAGAACGAGGGAAUAUAACAGUGUCCAGUGUACGUAGUGGUGCAUUUGUUGUUGGACAAAAUGGACUACUACAACCUCAAAUAAAUGAAUUAAAGAACCUUGCCAAACAGGAUGGCAAAUACAGGCUUAAGGCUGUGGCAAGAACUUCUUCAGGAAAUGAAAUAACAUUCCUGACUUCUGUACCUGUGUGUUAUCUUCUUGGUUCCGAUCUUGAAGAUAUAAUAACAGUAUGGCUGGACAGCGCAGCUGAACCAAUAGCUGUGAGUCAAACAUCUCCUGGUCCCUGCAGUCUAGAGAGUCCACUUACAAACAUGUGGACCACCAAUGUUAUUGUUAAAUACCCUGAUGGUGGACCAGUUCCAGACACAGCUACAUAUAUUCAAAAAUUAGAACGAGAAAGAGAAGCAAGAGAAAGAGGGGAGGCCAAAGAUAACAGACCUUAUCUUUCCAGAUAUUGGAUGUACAUUUUCCUUGCUUUCAUCUUUGUCGUCCUGUCGUCUGCGCCAAAUCCAGAAGCUGGUGGAGCGGGAGGUGGUAGUGCCCAAAGACAGUGAUGCAGAGAGUGCAGUGUGUCUUCGAAUGUGUUCGUGCGGGAACAGUUUAUUUAUCAAUUUUAUGAUGUACAUUCGUAAUUACAGUUCUCAUGAUCAUAACUGUACCUUCUCCUGAAUAAACUCGAUGAUUUAAUGUA